ACACUACGUAGUAGAUUUUGUGUAUAUCACACCGGGGUGGGUGUGAUUUACACAAAUGGCCGGUAUUGUGUAAAUCUCACCGUGGUGUGAUAUACACGGUCCCAAAGAGGAAUUUUCAAGCGUAGCAAGAGCGCUGUUUUUGUCUUAAUGGCAAAAGAAAACUCUUGCUAUACUACAUUUCUUGUACGUCAUUACAACGCAAACCAAUCAAUGUCAAAAUGACUAUUCGAAGUGACCAAAAUCUGAAAGGUCAUUGGUAGAUCGCUCCUCCGGAUGAAUGACGUCAUUGGCUUCGUAAACCGUUCGAAUUUCAUUUGCAGACUACGGAAGACGGUGGUGACCUUUGCUUGUGUCGGGCUUGGUGUCGUCCAAGGCCAGUGUUGGGGCAGUGUUGGUGUCGUCUGUGUGUUGCGCUUGCUUGGUGUUGCGCGUGGAAAUUGUGGUGCUAGUGCGGUUGGCAUCUAUAUGCGAUAAUCCUAGGUGUUUUCUGAAUCGUUAAGUCAAAAGAAGAUAAGCGAUAAUAGGGUGCUAAACUGCUCUCGUCAUGAAUGAAAAGAAGAGAAAGCAAAAACAGUAUUAUGUCAACCAAGCAAAACGUGCCAGAUUUGAGAAAAGAAAGCUUCACCCAGGUCUGAGGGGCUUUCUCUGCACAACAAAUAAUAAGGAAAGAGAGUGUGUCCGUGAAGCCUAUAACAUCCUUAACGAGUAUGCAAAUCAAAUGUAUGGUGCAGAAGACAGUGUUCAAGAGGAGGUAGCAGCAGCUGGGGGCACAUCACAGGAUGUGGAGCAGAGUCUGGAGGCAGAGCUGGCAGCUCUGAAGGAGCAGAAGGUUUCCAAGGAGCGGAGAUUCCAGCAGGUGGAGAGCGGCGCCAAAAACUGCAUCUUUAUAAGCACUCAGCUGGAGCAGACAGCACCGCUGGUGGAGCGGAUAGCACGCGAGAUUCGCGACACGGGCACCCAGAGAACCCGCUACCUGCUCCGACUCAUUCCCGUCCAGGUCACAUGCAAGGCGACGGAGGAGGACAUCCGGGCGUCGGCCGAGUCAAUGAUCAAAGAGGCAUUCACUGAGAUCGGCGUCAGCUAUACGACCGUCUUCAGGUCGCGGAACCAGGCACAGCUGUCUCAAACGGACGCCCAGUCGGCCAUCAACAGUCUGAUCGAUGCUGUAUGUCCGACCGCCCGGCUCGACCACAAGACGCCCACGCUUACCGUGCUCAUGGAGGUGAUCAGGAACGUCAUCUGCCUGGGUGUCGUGCGCGACUACUUCGCGAUGAAGAAGUAUAACCUGGUGGAGCUAGCCAAGGCGGCUGGGGAGGAGGGCGAAGGAGGGACGGGGGAGGGUGAGACGAACGCCGAGGCGAAGGGUGAGGGAGGCUGUGAUGAGACGGACGGGAAGAAGGAGAGUGAGGUAUGUGAUACGAGUGAUGGCGCGGGAGGGACGAAAAGCGCGGGGGAUGGUGGCGAAAGUGGCGAAGGAGCGACGACCGAGGCCAAAAGUGACGCAGAAGCGGCGACCAAGGACGAGGACGGCGCAGGGGCGGUGGGUGGCGAUAGCGCUGCUGCGGGGGCGACAGCGGGGUCGCCAAAGGCGUCUUCCGACCCUGUGGAAGGGGACAAUGGGCAGUCAUCGGCAGCGGAGGCCGAAAGCGCGCAGGAGCCGACAAAGCGAACGGCGACGGAGGAGCCUCGCGCGGCUGACGCGCCCUGAGUCUCGGGAUCUCGCCGUGGUGAGAAGUGGCGUCAUCCGAAGGCAGUCUUCACAUUAGCGUAGACGGCGCCUGCUGAAGAAUUCAUCGUUAAAUGUUAUGCAGAUGAAGGCUGUCGAGGGACUCAGCACAAUAGAGGCUUGCCCACAGAGUUAAAGCCCUCUCAUGCUCGUCUGCCGGCCCAGAUUGUUUGCUGACGAGUCCUGCUGGUUGUGUGGUGAAAUGUUGGAAUAAUCGCCACGCGCCUGUGGAUGGGAGUGCCGGCGUGUUUUAACCCGGACGUUGUCGGCCCCCGAUAACCUGCUUUCUGGUAAUUGAAAUACAGUGACAUUGCUGGUUUUGUUGUCCACAAUACACCCGGGAAAUGUGACGUUUCGAUUGGAUUUGGGAUCUGGCGAUAUAAAAUAUGCGCUGCUUGUGUAGGUAGGUUGUGUAGGUAUUUUUAGCUGGUAAUGGUAAGCCUUCCUUUUCAUCACACCUAUCGUUUCGCUUGCAUUUCGCAAACUUGGCGUGCUCAUGGAAGAAGCAUUUAUAAGGUGGCUGGUCCCAACAUUCCUUUACUACGCUGGUCUCCCCCCCCCCCCCCGCUUAUUCGCUUGUGACCCAUUUGGCAACUAAGCGGGAACCGACACCUACUCGCGCGGGAAACGUUCCCUGCAUAUUGCGCAAUUGUCUCCGCUGCGCCAUCCGGCGGCGUCGAACGAAACGUUUGCGAAACGUUUUGAGGUGUGGGCACUACUUUGAUGGCGAAUGACUAUUGAUGUGCUUCGUCUGAUAGCAUCGGCCAAUAGGAGGCCGCGUUUUCAUGACGUCAGAUGCUCAUACGCGUGUCGUAUAUAAAGAAAGUUGGACUUUUUUCGUCGAGAGAUAGCGUUGAAGAGGCGGGUGAUCGCUGUUCGUCCGUUCUUCGGAUUUCAAGAUAUAUUUAGCUGGUAAGCUACUAUUCCUAGCGUUGCACAUCAUGGCAGACUUGUUCCCCGAUAUCAGACUUUUCGACGAGCUUGAGUUCCUUCGGUUCAGCGAUGAGCAGUUCGCAUCUGAAGUGAUUCUCCCAGAAGACUCAGACACUCAGCAAACGCCACUGUUUUCGGCUGCGACUCGGAAAUCUACCAUGUCCCAAAGUGAUUUUAUCAACAGCCCGUCGUCGUCACCCCGCACACUCACUGAGCUGAAAUCUGUUGUUGCAUCAUGUACUGUUGGGAUCUAUCGUAGCCCUGAGCCAGAAGCGAAUGAUGUCCGGUUUGAACCUGUGGCAGAUAAGGAGAAAACGUUGAAUGAAAUGGUAGCAGCUUCCAGUGACAGAGAUGCUUUAGGUCGAGCCAUCAGCUGGUCGUAUGACAGCGCUGAAGAGGCAGAUGUCACGUCACCAGUUUCCUUUUCAGCCAUCUCCGAGAGGUCUGCGGAGGAAGCCGGCAUGGAGCUCAUCCAGUCAUCGGAGGUUUCCCAGACUGAGACCGCCUCUCCAAUGGAGGAUGCUCCUAUGGUCAAGCACCCAAAGGAAAGGAAGCUGAAGGUGCUUCGCAAACCUGCAAGUACGCAGUCGCCAGUGCAUACAUACAGUAAGCUUGAUGCAGCUUUGUGCAAGAGAAAGCUCUCUGUCACUGAUGAAAGUUCUGGAAUUGCCAGAUUCAAGACAACUAGGAAAACCAAGAAGUACAUGCAGAAGCCGUACACUGACCCGAACCUGGAGCGCACUCGACUGAAUGCCAUCAACGCCAAGAAGAACCGGGACAGGAAGAAGCAGGAGAUGAUGAUGCUCAGUGAGAAGUGUAACAACCUCUCCCAAGAGAACAGGGAACUGGACAGGAGCAAGAGGAGCCUGGAGGCUCGGCUUCAUGCCGCCGAGGAGGAGAUAGCGUUCCUGCGGAGGGCUCUGCUGGACCAGGUCGGCCAUGCGAGGCCAGCUCUGGGCGAUGCCCUGAAGUCCCUCGGUGGAGGGGACUCGGCUCCGGCAGGUGUGUUUGGAGCAGUGGGGAAGGACAUCUGAACCAGGGGUCUGGAGUGUGUCGUUGUGCCCCAGAAAGUGUGUGGGAACCAUGUGUUUGUCAACCGCCCUGUGCAGUGAUAUGCCUCUCACGGAGCAGUGAGAGGCCACUUCUGUCCAGUCUUGAAUGACUUACUGAAAACUAAAGCUGUUGGUAGGAGUGUGUGCGUGUAUGCUGCAUGCAUCAUUGUCUUGUUUUUAGCCAUCUGCCCUUCUUCUAGGUUGAUGCCGCUGGUCAUAGAUCCAGAGCACCAUGCAAGCUGUCAUGGAUACAUCUUAUUUAUAACAGCACACCUGGGCCUUCUACCUCCCGUGGAAGAGGAUGAGAGGUAGUAUGCCAGUCAGGUGGUAUCAUUAGGUUUUGAUUCAUUCAUUCAUGAAGAACCUCCAUGUCAUUUGUCUCAUCAUUGCAGCUUGUACAAAUGGCUGCUGUGGCCACUUAGCUGCUCAAACUGUGAUACUUGUACAUUGUUUGUGAGAAGUGUAAUAUAGUGUUCAUGUCAUCAUCAA